AUUAAUUGUUUUUAUGUUUUUCAAUAAUUAUUUUACUGAAUCAUGAAUGAACGUAGUAACAGUCGAUCGUAUUCAAUAAGUUCGGCACAAAUUAACAAUAUAUCGACCGACGAUUCAUUACCAGUAAUCAGAUCUGAGUCCACGUCUAGUCUGGUCAAACAUCACGGAAAUCUAACAGUACUGACGGGAACUGUAUUUAUUAUUGGCGAAGUUGCUGGCGGUGGUAUAUUAUCAUUGCCUCAUGCUGUAUCGGGUGCCGGUUGGUUUGGAGUCCCAUUGAUAGCCCUGUGCUGUGCUAAUGCCGGUUUUGCCGGCAUAUGUCUGGCCAAAGCAUGGCUUAUACUUGAGGAAAGGUAUCCAGAAUACCGAUCUGGUCUCACACGUAAACCAUUUUCCACUAUCGGCUACCGUGCCUUUGGAAACUGGGGCAGUGCUAUCGUGUCUAUAUCGAUGAACUUUACCCGAUUCGGAACGGGAGUUGUAUUUCUCAUACUAACCUCACAACUGCUACAACAAGUGAUGAGUCACGUAAAUAAAGUCCAAGAGCUGGGCAUCUGUUCGUGGGUACCGAUAGUCGGCGUAUCCCUAACACCGUUCAUGUGGUUGGGUUCGCCGGCCGACUUCUGGCCAGCAGCCUAUACGGCAAUGUUGUCCACAAUACUUGGCAGUAUAUUACUCUUGGCCGACAUUGGCCUACAGGCCAAGGAUCGGGUUAGUUCGGCCAAUUAUCCGAUGCCAACGUUUGUCAGCUUUUUCAAGGCCUUCGGGAACAUAUUGUUUGCUUUCGGCGGUGCCAGUGCUUUUCCUAAUUUUCAAAACGACAUGAAAGAAAAGGAUAAAUUCCCGAAAGCUGUAAUCUACGGCUUUAUCGGUUUACUGUUGUUGUAUAUACCGGUGUCUGGCGGCGGUUACGGUGUAUUCGGCGACCAGACGGCAGAGAAUAUUGUCCAAAAUCUGCCGCAAUCGGCACUGACCACUGUUAUCGACUGUUUCUUUCUGGUUCACUGUUACACAGCGUUUCUUAUUAUAGUUAAUCCUGUUUUGCUUGAAUUGGAAGAUAUGCUGAAAAUACCGAAAAUCUUUAAUUGGAAACGUUGUGUAUUUAGGACGGCUCUGAUGGCAGCUAUGAUAUUCACUGGACUAUCGGUGCCGUCGUUUGGACCGAUUCUCGAUCUGUUAGGCGGCACAACCAUUACACUCAUGGCCUUUGUAUUGCCGCCGGCCUUCUAUCUGAAACUAUGUCGGGCCGAUCCAAACGGAGAGUUUAAGGCCAGACACGUACCGUUAUAUACGAAAAUAAUUUUGGCCGAAAUAGCCAUUGUUGGCAUAUUUGGAGGCGCGGCGUCCACCUACUCGUCCAUUACCUGGUUUGCCGAUCCAGAGAGUCAUAUGGAACCGGCCUGUUAUGCGGGACGAUCGGCAAAAACAUAUUUUAUAAAUAAUUAA